UUCCGAUCUAUUGUCAAAGGAUUUAGUCUGUUUGGAGAGAAAAGAGUGAGUUUUACAAGAGUUCAUUACCCUAAUUUCAGUGAAAUAAUGACUCAAGAAACUGUGGAGAUUUGUCAGAAGACAGUUAAUCCGAACAAUCGUGUUCAUGCUGAAAACUUCAAAAUUCAACGUGUAAUUGGCAAAGGAGGCUACGGAAAGGUUCGUGGAGCUUCUCUGGCUUAGUGUGCAGGUUUUUCUAGUUCAAAAGGUUGACGGCAUUGACCAAGGGAAACUGUAUGCCAUGAAGGUCUUAAAAAAGGCCAGAUUGGUAUGCAAUGAAAAGGAUAAAGCACACACUGUUUCUGAAAGGAAUAUUCUUGAAAUGUUACAGGUAUCUAUUUCACUUGUUUAAUAGUCUUAGCACCCUUUUCUGGUGAAACUUCAUUAUGCUUUUCAAAAUCGCUCCAACUUGUAUAUUGUCUUAGAAUAUUGCCAUGGAGGAGAACUGUUUAACUACUUGGAACGUGAAGGAGCUUUGUUAGAAAAUGCUGCAUGUUUUUAUGCUUCUGAAAUAGUCCUAGCCAUCGGGCAUUUACAUUCGCUAGGUAUAAUCUAUAGGGACUUAAAGUCGGAAAAUGUGUUAUUAGAUCGACAGGGCCAUGUGAAGCUUACUGACUUUGGACUUUCAAAGGAGGGCGUAUGCACUACCAAUACAUUCUGUGGAACGAUUGAAUAUAUGGCCCCUGAAAUAAUUCGGUGUGAGGGUCAUGGAAAAGCCGUAGACUGGUGGAGUCUUGGGACGUUAAUCUAUGAUAUGCUAUCAGGUGCACCACCAUUUAGUCAAGAGGAAAGUCGGGAAGCUACCACUCGCAAAAUACUCACAGCUCCUCUAAAAUUUCCGCCAUCAUUCUCAUCGGAAGUUAUUAGUCUCAUACGUGGCUUGUUAAAACGUGAUCCAAAUGAAAGACUAGGCAGCAAAGAAGAUAUGGAGGAAAUCAAACGACACAAAUUUUUCAAAAGACAUGAAAUAAAUUGGUCUGAUGUCUAUAACAGACGUUUGAAACCACCUUUCCGUCCGAAACUAACUGCUGAAAAUGAUGUGUCAAUGUUCGACCCAUCGUUCACUCGUUUACAACCAGUCGUUAGUCCUGUUGAUGGUGUUGCAUCUAUUCCUCCGGAUAUGUUCCAGGGCUUUUCGUAUGUGGCACCGAGUGUCUGUGAGGAUAGUUUACGAGAUAAUUGGACAGAUAAUUUACCAAGUCGUCAUCGAAGACAUGGGUUACGUGCCGCUAUGUCUGCUGGACGUUUAAGACGUGUUGGUUUCGGUCGGUUGAAUGCACCUAAUCGAAUUCCUGAAGAUAUUGCUGUACAUAAUGUUCCAUUGCAAAUUCAACCGGAACUGACUGAUUUCAGUGAUUUCAAUGCAGACUAUCGACAGAAACCUGUGAAACAUCAAUCUUCUAAUCAUGUAUCAAGUAAACAAAGUACAGAAGAUAAACGUACUACUCACUUACUUGAUCCUCACCACCAACAACAACAACAAUGCUAUUCAAAUGAUACUCAACAGCUGCACAACUUGUCAGGAAAAUCAACUCAAAUAUUCCAAUCCAAUGAUGCAACAAUUGGUAGUGAUACGAUUAAACAAGACAGAGAAUCAGGUAAAGGCGUAGAAGAGGAGGAGGAGGAGGAGGAUGACGACGAUGAUGAUGAUGAAAUAGCCGCAGAAGAAGAAGAUAACGUUCCAGGAGCAAAACAAAUACAAGCAAUCACUACACCAAAAUAUUUACCAGUUUGUAAAUAUGAACCUAAAAACAAUGAUAUCAUGAAUAAUAAUAAUAAUAAUAAUACUACCAAUAAUGCUUAUACAACCACAAAACCAUCAAAUAAGAAUCCUACAAAAUAUGCACCUUUCAGUGGUUCACUUCAAUGUCAGCCACAUACAAAAACAAUCAAUUCACGUUUGAUGAUGUAUGGUUGUCAACCAAGUAAUAAUAAAUUAGAGCACCAUUCUGUAACAUCGCAUCUCUCUGGAUUAUCAACUGGAUCACGUAUCACUACUGUACCACCACCACCACCACCACCUGUACAACGUCGUGGUCCAACUUGUGCAACAACACUACAUCCAUGUGUAAUAGUACCUAAUACUAAUGUUAUCACUCCUACUACUGUAGCAACAGGUUCAAAUGCUAAAUGUAGUAUUAUGUAAUCAUUGCACAAUUUCUUCUUGUUCACUGUGAUUCUCAUGUAAAAUAUCAAAAAAUAGAUUUAAUACUUUUUAAAAUAAAAUUUAUCUCAUUUAAAUAAAAUUCCAUAUCAACUCAACUCAUUACUUAAUUUCAACCAUGAAUAUAUAUAUAUAUACAUAUAUAUAUAUGACUUAUCUUGGUUUCGUUUAGUUGUUUUUUUUCUAAUGUA